CAGCGGGGCUGGCGCUGCCUACCCGGAGUGGGGUGGGUAGGAGGGAGGUGGGUUGGCCAACGCGAAGGGUGUGUGCAGGGGGCAGGACUGGGCGGCCCCGCCGCUAGCCAGGCUCCUCCCGCCACGCGCAGCCUGCCGCCCAGGGUACAAAGGCGCGCAGCCCGGGUGCGCUCCUCACCACCGCCGCGCCCCCGCUCCCCUCGUGUGCUGCGCCUCCGCGCUAAGGUUCAACAGUCAACAUGCCCUCCCAAAUGGAACACGCCAUGGAAACCAUGAUGUUUACAUUUCACAAAUUUGCUGGGGACAAGUGCUACUUAACAAAGGAGGACCUGCGAGUACUCAUGGAAAAGGAGUUCCCUGGAUUUUUGGAAAAUCAAAAAGACCCUCUGGCUUUGGACAAAAUCAUGAAGGACCUGGACCAGUGCCGAGAUGGCAAAGUGGGCUUCCAGAGCUUCUUUUCACUAAUUGCAGGCCUCACCAUCGCGUGCAAUGAUUACUUUGUAGUACACAUGAAGCAGAAGGGAAAGAAGUAGACAGCGUGAACAUUUACUCCUGCCCUGAUGAGAGUUCUCCCAAAGGGCUGUUUAAGGAAUCUGCCCCUUGGUUACCCCUUGUGUAAAGAUGUCAUGAGCAGAUCAGGACCCUUAGAAAAUGUACAAAUAACAUCCAGCUCUCACUGGACAGAGGGUGGAAGGUUCAUUAAAUGCUACAUAAGCUUUUGAUUUUUGUAUUUGCAUCCUCUUGCCCUCAAUAAAGUCUUUUUUUAGUUCCAAACCUGA